AUUAAUUCACUCUCAGCAGAACUUGCAAUGGAAUCAACAUGCAUAGAUACUUCACUCAAUCUUAACGUUGUUCCUUCUCUGAACAUGGAUGAGUUUUUGGUUGAAGAGUUGCAUCGUCUAAGUUGUGAGAAUAAGAGGCUGAGUGAGAGUCUGACCCACAUGUGGGAGAACUAUGAGGCUAUGCAAAAUCAGUUGAGCCAAUUGGUGAACAAAAAAAUUGAACACCAAACACAACAAUCACGGAAGAGAAAAGCUGAGUUUGAAAGUUGCAUCAAUAAUACUGAGUGCAGCACCAAUAUUACAGAGGAGGAGUCAGUAAUCAAAAGGACCAGUGAUACCAUGAAUAUGAUCACCUUGCCCAAGGUUUCCAAGGUUCUUGUGAAGACAGAAGCAUCUAAUACUAGCUUAUACGUGAUGGAUGGAUAUCAAUGGAGGAAGUAUGGUCAGAAAGUCACAAGAGAUAACCCCUCACCUAGAGCCUACUUCAAAUGCUCCUAUGCCCCAAGCUGCCCAGUGAAGAAAAAGGUGCAGAAAAGCUUAGAUGACCCUACCAUACUGGUUGCAACGUAUGAAGGAGAGCACAACCAUGGUCAUCAGCAGCUAGCUAAAAUUCCAUUGGUGUCAAGGCAAAGUGAAGAAGGCCCUAUGGGGUCAGUUCAUGUUUCCUCACCUACAUCCAUUAUUGACAAGGUCGACAAUGUUCAAAAGUCAUCAUCUAUUCGGCAGUUUCUGGUUCAACAAAUGGCUACUUCUUUGACAAGGGAUCCCAAUUUCACAGCAGCACUUGCCACUGCCAUUUCAGGGAGAAUUCUUGACCAGACUUCUAUGCCCAAAUGGUGAAUUAACACAUGAACUGUGUUAUUUUACUCUGUUCAUUUACAGAGGCUGCAAAGUCAAGUAGCGAGAGGAAUGUAUAUACUAAAAAAUUAAAGGGAAAAGAACAAGUUGAAAUUCUGUUCCUCUUAGUGUGCAGCAGCCCAAGCUAAAUAUCGGAUUUUUCUUUAAGAAAUAAAGUUGUACAUUUAUUUUUCCCUUCACAUCCAUUUUGUUUGGGUGUUGAAUUAGCGAACCUUAUAGAGUGGACAUUAAAGAUGGUACCUAGAAGGUACUCUGACACUCAAAUUGGUCAGGCACGGACAGAAUUAGAAUUAGGGUAGAAUAAGUGUGUAGCUGAGAGAUGUCUCAUGUUUACGUAUACAUAUGUUGGGUUGUUCUAAUCUCGUAGAGAAUUAUCUAGCAAUAUGAUAUGAUAAUAGAUAUAUCUAGUACCUAGUCAUAUUAAAUUAAAUGUUACCAAAUUCGUAAUCUUUAUUCUCUUCAA